ACCAGACAGUCGACGACACCUCCUUCGACGAGCUGACGGCUCUACUGGAUCAGCCGGCCGGAUUUCCUUAUCGCGACCUGCGACAUUUUGCGCUUACAUUUGGCUAUAUGGGGACUCGAGAGUUCAACUAUGAGGGUGUUGUGUUCGUCGAGGACUUCAUGGCGCGUUUGGGCACGCAGCUUUCGCACUGGACGUCCCUCGAGUCUUUCGUGCUCCACCACGACUUGAUGGAUCGGCAGUGGCACGGUCCUCCGAAGGUGCCUUUGUUGGACGACACAGACUUUCCGACCCGUGGCUCUUGGGCGAACACCAACCACCCGUCGCUCCGGAACUGCCUCCGUUAUCAUCACGAUGCAUGGUCCGAUGACGAGGACGAGGUUGUAGAAGAGCUGCGCCGCACACUCGGGCGCGAGAUCGACAUAGACGACGACAGUGCAGGUAUCGACCAGAUAUGGCUCGAUCGACAUGAGUCCACCAUUGCUCGCGGCGUGCGCAAGAUAGCGGAUAUGUGCCAGCGGCUACGGUUCUUCCAGUGGUUCGUGGAUGACGAUGUGCCGAACCUGUCAUACACAUACAAGAUUGAUCGCUACACGGACGGGCGGGGGAGAGUAACUACUGGGCAGACGUCGAGCUUGGACUGCCUCAAGGGAGAAGUGCUGCCGUUCACGGUAGCGGUGGGUCAAGAGCUGCAGGCGGCCAGGGAAGCGUGGCAUGCGCGUCUGGAUUGCUGGGGCUAGCUGGCGAUUGCUUCUCAAUACUGUAUAUACCUGAUGGUCUAUCUUAUCUAUCUGCAUAGAAAGGAAGCCGUAGAAGCUC